GUCCGCGCCCCACUUCUCCGCGGGCUGUGCGAGCUCGGCUCUCCGCCGGCUCCCCACUCUGGAGGCCCCGACGCGGGGCGCUCCCACUGCGCGUGCGCCCUCCGGCGGGACGCCCCCCGCGCCCCUCCCCCUGCGGCCGGACUUGGUACAGCCGGGACGGCGGUUGGCGUCCUCCGCGGCUCAGGCGAGCGGCGGGAUUUUCAAAUCUUACCUUUGGAGGAGUGGCGGCGGCCCGGGCUGGGACGCGGGAGAUGGAGGGACAGGCCGCGAGGGGUCCCGAACUCCGCCUGGCGGGCCUUCCUGUCCAGCAGGAUUGCAGCAUUCAAGAAAAAAUAGAUUUAGAAAUUCGAAUGCGAGAAGGAAUAUGGAAACUCCUUUCUCUGAGCACUCAGAAAGACCAGAUCUUGCAUGCAGUUAAGAAUCUCAUGGUAUGCAAUGCUCGAAUAAUGGCAUACACAUCGGAGCUACAGAAAUUAGAAGAACAGAUUGCAAAUCAGACUGGAAGAUGUGAUAUGAAUUUUGAAAGUAAAGAACGAACCGCUUGUAAAGGAAAGAUUGCCAUAUCAGUUUAUCAGAAAAGUGUCAAUGAAGACAUAAAAAGAGACAAAGAUAUUCGAAUACCACUAAUGUGGAAAGACUCUGAUCACUUCAGCAAUAAGGAACGAUCACAGCAGUACGCCAUUUUCUGUUUGUUCAAAAUGGGAGCUGAAGUUUUUGAUACUGACAUGGUGAUUGUGGAUAAAACUAUCACAGAUCUAUGUUUUGAAAAUGUAACUAUAUUUAAUAAAGCAGGGCCAGACUUUCAGAUAAAAGUGGAGGUUUACAGCUGCUGUACAGAAGAAUCUUCUAUAACCAACACACCAAAAAAACUAGCUAAGAAACUGAAGACAUCUAUAAGUAAAGCUACAGGGAAGAAAAUAAAUUUGGUGCUUCAAGAAGAUCAUGAAACAUGCUCAUCUUAUAGUUCUCCUAUUUUUGCUGCAAAGUAUAAUUUGCUAGCUCAUACUACUUUGACCUUGGAAAGUGCUGAGGAUAGCUUCAAGACCCAUAAUCUGUCUAUUAAUGGAAAUGAGGAGUCUUCAUUUUGGCUUCCCUUAUAUGGCAACAUGUGCUGCCGCCUAGUCGCACAGCCAGCUUGUAUGGCUGAGGAUGCAUUUGCAGGAUUUCUUAAUCAGCAGCAAAUGGAAGAAAACCUAAUUAGUUGGAGAAGGUUGUAUUGUGUUUUAAGAGGGGGUAAACUCUAUUGCUUUUAUUCUCCCCAAGAAAUUGAAGCUAAAGUGGAACCAGCUUUGGUAGUGUCCAUUAACAAGGAAACCAGAAUUCGGGCAAUGGAUAAGGAUACCAAGAAAAAAAUUCAUAAUUUCUCUGUCAUCAACCCUGUUGCUGGACAGGCUGUAACUCAUAUCUUUGUAGCAGACAAUAGAGAAGAUCUUCAGAAAUGGAUGGAAGCCUUCUGGCAACAUUUCUUUGAUCUUAGCCAAUGGAAGCAUUGUUGUGAAGAACUUAUGAAAAUUGAGAUUAUGUCACCACGGAAACCACCUUUGUUCUUGACAAAAGAGGCGACCUCAGUCUACCACGAUAUGAGCAUUGAUUCACCUGUAAAACUUGAAAGUUUAACUGAUACAAUACAAAAAAAACUUGAAGAGACAAAUGGACAGUUUCUUAUUGGUCAGCAUGAAGACUCCUCACCACCUCUUUGGGCCAGCCUCUUUGAUGGUAAUCAUCAAGUGGUUAUCCAGAAAAAGGUAUUAUCUCCUGCAAGUAACCAGCUACAUGAUGGGAAAGGGAAAAAAAGACGUGCGCCCCUUCCUCCUUCUGAUAAAGCUCCAUUCAGCUUAAAAACACAGAGUAACCCAGAUCAAUUGGAUAAGGACAACUGGGAAAAAACAAGUGUAUCUUGGACCUCGCCUUUGGAUACCAAAUUAUCAACCCUAAUGCAUCACUUACAGAAACCGAUGGCUGCUCCUCGAAAACUCCUUCCUGCCAGGAAAAAUAAUGUAAAUGAUGAUAGUGAACACAUAGACACUAAAACCAAUUUUGAAGCCAAGCCAGUGCCAGCUCCAAGGCAGAAAUCUAUCAAAGACAUUUUGGACCCUAGAUCAUGGUUGCAGGCACAAGUAUAGAAAACUAUGUAUAAAGCAUUUAACAAAAUCUAUACUGUUAGACUUGAUUCAGAAGCACUAGAGAUAUAGUAAUAUGUAAUUAUGUUGGUAAAUAUGAUAGUGACUUACAUCAAUAAUUAAUAAGCUAUGGGGUCUGAAAAAUGCUUUAUAAUGAAGAAUUGGAUUUUUCUUUUAUUUCUGAUCUUUGGAAUAUAAGUGAUUUCCCUGGUAGAGUGCAAGAGGCAGUUUCAGACAAUAUCCUAAUUGUUUGAAGGGUUAAUUUAUUCCUAAAUUAGUGCCAGCAGUGAGCAAGCACUAGGCAGAAGAAGGCAUUAAAAUUUCUUUGGGGAGAGACUGUCUAGUAAUUUAAAAUGUGUUAAAUAUGAGCCAUAUUCUCAUUGUGAGAGUUUUAAUACUAAUGGAAUGUUUCAAAAAGUUUUAUUCAAACCACAAAUUAUAGAAUCCACCCAAGAAAAUUUCUUCUUAGCAUUCUGGAAUUCUCAUCUAAUGGUUCACUGACUCUCAUCUAUUGUUUAACUCACUAGUUAACUCACUGACCUUUCAAAUUCCUGGGAUAAAUUUUGGAAUAUUAAAUUCUUCAUCUUUAAAGGGAAUUCAUAAUGUGUUAUUCAAAGUUGUUUCCUUGAUGAGCCCUGAAAUCCUGUUGACAUUAACUCUCAUAAGUGAAGCAUAACAUUUAUUAGUUUAGAGAAAAGGUAAAUGAAAUGUUCUCUAUUUCCACUUUUCUGUGCAUGGUGCUAAUUUCCAUUAUGACAUUGGAAUUUGGGGAAGUGAGUAGCUGAUUAACACCUUAAAAUUCAUUUAAUACUUAUUUAAAAAGCAGAUGGCUGAUUCAAAAAUAUCAGAAAAGUUGGCCAUGAAAAUAAUUUUCAGAAUUAAUCCUUUUAAAACAUUUUAAUUAAAUUUCCUUUUUCUAGUAAGGGUUGAUGUCUGCUAUUGAUGUUAUUCAUUAAAAGUCAUAUUCUUACAACAAUGACAUCGGAAUCAUUUCCAUAGGAGGUAAUUUCCAUAGCAACUAAUCAUUGUGACCCAAACAGGAUUAUGAAAUCAAGUGAAGAAAUAAAUAGCGAGAGGAUGAAUACCUUAAAGGAACAAAAAAAUCCUUUUUUAAAAUAAUAAUGCUUCUUGUAAACAAGAGCUGAACAGUUUUAAAAAUCAAAUCAGAAUUUCCAAAUAAAACAGUUUCCAUAAGGUGUCAGCAACGGCUCAAAAAAUCUGAAAUCACACUGAACCCUAAAUGUCAUUGCAAGAAAUAAAAAUAUAAGAAUUAAAUUACUGCCCUGUGUAUAAUCUCUAGAGAUCUUUUUAAAGCUCAUGAGAACUCUAUUUGGAUCAGAACUACAUUAUUACAAAGUAAAAUGAACACUUGACAAAAAAGUAACAUUAAUUUAAAUGGAGCCUUUCAUUAUUUUUAGAUAGCAGUCUUUCUUCAUUUAUAUAGAAUGAUGUAACUGCCAGGUUACUUUUGUGUUUGCCGGGGACUCCUCGUAAGAAUUGCAACUCGGGGGAGUAAUGAUACAAAAGGUCUCUUGUGACCGUCGACACCAUGAUAGACAUAGUAUUUGAUGAGAAGGAAGCCCCACGUGCCUGCCUUUAGAGGACUGUAGAGACAAUCACAUGCAUGAAAACCUGCAAAGGUACGAUUAAUUUGUUUUUUUCUAACAAGAAGACUCUCAUAAAUUCUGUUGUGGUUGCCAGUUCAGUAAAUGACAAUAUUAAAAUCUACAGGCUAUUAUUGUUUGAAUUUUUGUUUAUUUUUUAAACCUCAACUGCUGUUUUUGACAGCAUUUGUGACUGUCAUUGCCGCUAAAUUAUUGAGCUAGAAGAUGCUGCAGGCAAAAUUGUUUCUGAAACUGGCAUCUAAGCAUUUUUUUUUUUUUUUAGUCGAAGCCUUCCUUCUAACAACCAGUGUUAAAACUUCCAAAUUAUAUUCUUGUCAUUUCCUCAUGCAUAUUAUAUCAAGAAGGAUUUAAGGUGUACUGGAAAUAGAAUUUAUUCAUAGAGAAACUACCUAGCAGUUGUGCCCUCAGUGGGACACUGGAACAAAGCUGAGGCCCUUCCUCCUAGAAAUAUUUAUGUGAAGCCUGACCAAGGACCACGGUUAUUCAGGCUAUUUCUGGGGGCCCACCUCCCUGCAUGCUACAGAGCCUUUGGGAGCAGGCUGAAGGCUUCAGCUUCACUUCCUUUAACGUGCUGUUCAUUAAAUGUUAGUUCACUUCCCCCGAAAGGUUUAAUACAAAGUCGGAGCUCCCUCCCUUCCUUUUUUCCUUCUUACUCCCUUCCUUCCUUCCUUCCACAGUUAAAAAAAAUCUAAAAAUACUUACUUAAACACUUUUUCAAGGAGUUCGUCAAAGAAGUAUUUGUUUUCUCAUUUCCUAAACCGGAAGUUUAUGACAGAUAAAAAUAUGUCAUGUAAUAAAAGACAUUUCAGCUUUUUAUGAGCUGCCUUCUCACAUUCCUGUUUGUCCUUUUAAUUUGUUUCCUGAUAUAUGAAGACUAUAAACUUGAAAACAAAGAGUUAGCUGUCAGAGCUUGAUAAGAAUAUUAUAAUUAGAGAAACAGAAAGAAUAGUUAUUUUAUGAUAUUAUGAUAAUUCUGAUAAUCUGAAGAUAAUGUCUUAGAAAAUUACAUUUGCAUUUCAAGAUCUGGGACAUAAAUUACUUACAACAGCAUUAAGAUAGUAUUUUUACUUGCUACAAAGUGGUGAGCUUUUUAUUUAAACAUCUUGCCAAGGACAAAGAAGGCAUUUUGUUAUUAUAAACACACACCUCCUAAGGUAAAGAGUCUUUCAGAAUAUCAGGCGUGCCAACUCUGGUUGGUGAGUUUGGUUAAAUCCUCCUUUAACUGUCUGCAGUGCCCCCUGACUUCUUUAAAUGGAUGUGCAUGUAUUUGGAAAACUGAUUUCAUUUAUUCUAAGUGCCUUAUCUUUACCCUUUAAGAUCUUACUAAGUAAAUUUUUCUGGUCCUGUUUAUUGAAAAUGGAAGCUGCCUUGCAUUAGAGAGGAUUCAUAUAAGGUAGGUUAAGCAGUCAAGUAUUUCCUUAGGCUUGUGUUCAGCACCUUAGUCACCUACUGAGAAGUUAAUUAAUUCAGUCCAAAAUGAAAUUAUAGGGCAGUUUGGCGCAAUUUAUGUUAAAUGCCAUUUGAAUGUAAUCACCUGUGUUACCAUGAAUGAGGAACAACUGAGUCAGAACGCUGUACCAGGAACAGAAAGAGCAGUGCUUUGGCAGGGAAAUCUCUCUCCCUGUGGUCAGAAUUUAUCAAAGUCCUUGUCUUCUUAAAGAGUGAAUUAUUGAAUAGUAAUUAAACUUUAACUGAUGACCAUUUAUACAGUGUUCUGUUAGUCUUAAACUACAAAGCAGACAGAGUUGACUUUAAGUGCCCUUACAUUUCAAAGGCAUCACUAUUUUCAAAUGUUUACAUGUGUAAUGGAACUGCUUCACUAAUAACAGUUCUAUGAAAAAAUGGUUUAUUUUGGAUCAUGUGUAUUUUUAGUUAGCACUAAAAAGGUGUCAUUACCUUUGAAUUUUUAAAAGACAAGACUUCAUUUAAAGAUAUGCUAGGGGGUGUUAUUUUUUUUAACAUGCUUGUAUGAUUGACAUUGUUUCUGAUUUUUAUUUUUUAAUUAAAUGUAGGUCAAGCGUCAUCUAGAUUAAAACAUAUUCAUGGGACGCCUGGGUGGCUCAGGUAGUAAAGUAUACAACUCCUGAGUUUGGCUCAGGUCAUGAUUGCAAAGGUCCUGAGGUAGAGCCCUGUGUCAGGAUCCAUGCUGGGCAGGGUGUCUGCUUGGGUUUCUCCCUCUCCCUUUGCCCCUCCCCCUGACUCUGCUGGUACUCUCUUUAAAAAAAAAAAAAAAGUAUCCUAUUAUGGGUAUGUAUUUUUUUUAAAGUACCAAAGAUUGGUAAGGAAGCCAAUGUCAUGUGAUUAAAAUUUCUAUACAUUAAAGGAAUUGGUUCAUAAAGA